AUGGAGCCCAGAGACCCCGCGGGGAAGGAGGGCCUGGGUGCCCGGAGGAAGAACCUGCACUUCCUACGGCUCUACAUGCUGGAGCGGCGCAAGACGGACACGGUGCUGGAGGGCAGCGCCCCGGGGGAGCGCUCGGGGCCCCUGAGGAGGACCCAGUCGGACAGGAGCGAGUACAGUCAGAAGCUGCAAGAGAAGAUGACUCCGCAGGCCAGCUGCUGUGCGGCGGGGACUCCGGCUCGGGAUGAGGAGCAGCAGAUGCAGCGGAUGAUGGCGAAGCGGGCCAAGGUCAUCACGGAGCUGAUUCAGACGGAGCAGGACUAUGUCAGGGACCUAGAGCUGUGCGUCAGCCACGUGGUGCAGCCGCUGAGAAGCCAGCAGAUCGACGGGCUGGACGUGGACAGUCUGUUUAGCAACAUCGAGUCAGUGCUGCAGGUCUCGGCCCGGCUGCUGGCACUGCUGGAGGAGGCCACGGCAGGCGUGGAGCCAGACGCACAAAUCAUCGGGGAGGUCUUCCUGCAGCUCAAAGGGCCACUGGAAGACAUCUACAAGAUCUACUGCUACCACCACGACGAGGCCCAGGGGGUGCUGGAGGCCUACGAGAGGGAGGAGGAGCUGAAGCGCCACCUGAGCCCCUGUCUGCAGUCCCUGAAGAAAAUAUACAUGCAAGAAGGCAAACCCAACCUCCUGGACAUGGGCUCGCUGAUGAUCAGACCUAUCCAGAGGGUGAUGAAGUACCCGCUGCUGCUGUGUGAGCUCCGCAAUGCCACCCCCGCCUCGCACCCGGACUUCGGGGCCCUGCAGGACGCCUGCGCGGCCGUGAGGGACAUCAAUGUCAACAUCAACGAGCUGAAGCGCAGGAAAGACCUGGUCCUGAAAUACAAGAAGAGCGACGAGGACGAGUCGCUCAAAGACAAGCUGUCCAGGCUGAACAUUCACUCAAUCAGCAAGAAAUCUAAGAGAGUGACGAACCACCUCAUGCUCCUCACCAGGGGGGAGGCGCAGGUGAGAGACAGCACCUUCGACAGAGAGGAGAAGCUCUUCCGCGCCUUAGAGAAGACCGUGAGGCACUGCGUGAAGAACACCUCCUGCUGGCUGCAACACGUGCAGGAGGCCGUGCCCCUCGCGCUGCAGACGGUGACGGAGCUCCAGGAGGUGUCCUGCAGCACCGAGGAGGAGGGCCAGGGAACCGCGGAAGCCCCUCGCCGUGCCCCCGACCCCGGGGAUGACUUCGCAGGGCAGUUCCAGCGACUGGUGCUCACACCCCUGUCAUCGCUGCUGGCCCUGUUCCCCGGCCCGCAGAAGCUCAUCCAGAAGCGUUAUGACAAGCUGCUGGAUUACACCAGCUCGAGGCCACGGGCGGUGGGGGAGCAGCCUGACCUAGCCAGGAGGGAGUACGAGGCCCUCAACGCGCAGCUGGUGGAGGAGCUGCGGGUGUUCAACCGGGAGGCCCGCGCCGUCCUGCUCGGCUGCCUGCACAGCCUCCUGCGGCUCCUACGAGAGCUGGCGCGGCUGGCACGGAGCGCCCACGCCGCCUGGCUGCAGGAACCACCAUCAGCCCCAAGUGCUUCCGAAAUCCAGACUCGAGUACUGGAAGAGGUUCAGAACCUGAAUUUUGUCAAAGACAACAGUGCCACCUUCAUUGAGAGGAAACUGAGCUUCGAAAAGAAGAAGCCAGUGCCAACUCUGCCAGAAGCGCCCCGUCAGACGGACACGCACCGCUCCCAGCUCCUGUCCACGUACAGCCUGGAGGAGCUCUACCAAGCCAAGCGCAAGUGUCAUGCCAGCCAGGAGUGUGACAUCAGCCUGCUGGAGGGGGACCUGGUGGCCGUCCUGGAGCAGAAGGACCCACUGGGCAGUUCCAGCAGGUGGCUAGUAGACACCGGAGCCGUGAGGGGCUACGUGUACUCCUCCUUCCUGAAGCCCUACAACCCAGCCAGGGGCCGCCGGGCAGCUGCCGACAGCAGCUUCACUGAUGAUGACUUUGAGAACAUCAGCCUCUUCGUGUCCUCGCGGCCAGCCAGUGCCAGCGCCACAGGUGCCCCUGAGGGCAGCACCAGUGACAGCAGCUCCUCGCUCAGCGGCACAUGCGGGAGGGGCGACGCCAACGGCAUGGACGCCGCCGACGGCCUCCAGGAGGUGGAGGAGCAGAUUUUCUAUGCUGUCCACGCCUUUCAGGCACGGAGCGACCAUGAACUCAGCCUGCAGGAGUACCAGCGAGUUCACAUACUUCGCUUCUGCGACCUGAGUGGCAAUAAAGAGUGGUGGCUGGCUGAAGCCCAGGGCCACAAGGGCUACGUGCCCGCCAACUACCUCGGGAAGAUGACUUACGCCUGA